AUGGCGACGACGAUCGGUGACAACGCCGUGGUCAUCGAUUACGACGAUGAUUUUAUUCGCGCGGGCUACGCCGUCCCCGAGCGCGAGCCCGGGGUGCUUCAGCCUGCGCUGGUGCGACCCGCGGGAUCUGGCGCCGGCGGAGAAACCUCGCGACCAAUCCGCGAUCGCCGCGUCGAGGACUGGGACCAGCUCGAGGCUCUCCUCGCCGACGUGUUCUACCGCCAGUGCGCGUGGGUAAAGGGCGACGAGGGCGCGUGCCUGAUAACCGAGCCCAUGUUCACCUCCAAGGCGGACCGCGAGCGACUGACGCAGAUGAUGUUCGAGUCCUUCAACGUGUCCGGCUUGUACGUCGCGGAGCAGCCCGUCGCGGCGCUGUACGCGGUGGGCAAGGUGACGGGCGUCAGCGUGGACGUGGGGUACUCGGUGACGGACGUCGCGCCGGUGGUUGAGGGCAGCCUGGUCUCGCCCGCGGCGCAGAGGUGCGAGGCGGGGCAUUCCCUCGUCACCGCCGAGCUCAUCGCGCGGUGCGGCGAGGAGCACCGCCGCCUGCGCGAGCACGAGAGGGACGCGGUCAGGGACGCGACCGCGGCGGUGACCCCGUCGCGGGACGACGCGAGCGGCGACGACGUUCCGUUGCGGGAUGAGACGUACACGCUGCCGGACGGGAGGAAGGUUUCGGUUCCCGGCGCCGCGAGGAGGGAGUGCGUGGAACGCGGUUUGUUCCGUCCGAGCGACCGCGCGGGUCUCGUCGACGCCGCCGCCGCUGCCAUCGCCGCGUGCCCGGCGGAACAGAGGAGAGCGGUGGUGGACGCGGUGGGGGUGUGCGGCGCGUGGGCGGGUCGCACCGAGGGACUGGACGCGAGGAUACUGGCGGAUCUGGAGCAGCAGCUGCCCCCGUCGAUGAAGCCGUUUCUGGCGUCCACGCCCGAGUACAUGCCGACCGGGACGGCGCGGUGGGCGCCGUGGAUCGGCGGGGCGAUCCUCUCCAAGGUUGUGUUCACGCACAACCAGCACGUGACCAAGGUGGAGUACCAGGAGACCGGUCCAUCGGUCGCUGCGAAACUCAAGGGAUGA